CGCUGUAUUGGAUUAGGCUACUGAUCUGCGACCUUUGCCUCGUCUCAAUCUGAAUCUUUGUCAAAAAGACUGCGAACACCUGGUGCCGAGCUUCGGGAUCAGCGACGAUGCUUCCAGGCGCGGGAUUCGCUGCGUUUCUCGCGUCUCUGAGCGCCAUCCCCCUCUCUCACCUACUGAACAGCUUGUCGGCCAUGGAAAGUCCUGUGGUGGUCUUUGCUGCUGGUGCUGGCGUUCUCCUGGGUCUGCUGCUCGUGCUGUACCUUCUGGUUGGAAGAAGUCACCCCAAGGACCCCCUGUUUUAUGUUUUUGCUGUGUUCUCGUUCACAAGUGUCAUCGAUUUAGUUAUCUCCCUGGAACAGGAUGGUUACAUCAAAGGAUUCAUGGCAUUUUACUUGAAAGAGGGGGAGCCCUAUCUCUGCAGUGCCUAUGGAAUUCUGAUCUGCUACUGGGAUGGCACAGUCCAUUACGUGCUCUACCUGACCAUGAUAGCUGCAAUUACACUUGGGAGGAACUACAGAACUAUCGGGCUGUACUGGCUGGGCUCCCUGGUGAUGAGUCUCAUCACCCUCUUACUUGGAACUUCGGUGGGUAAAUUUGGAAGUGAAAUUCGUCCUGCCUUCCUGUUGAAUAUACCAUAUGUGCUGAUCCCACUUUGGGCUGGAAAGAAAAUUUUGGGAAGCUCCAGAUCAUUGUCACAGACAACAGCCGAUCAGGCUAUCACAGAACAGAGGAAGUGGUUGUACCGACGGCCUCUGGACUUUUGCCUUGUGCUUUACCUGUUGUUUGCCAUUCUUUACACACUGCUCAGGGGCUUCGUCACUCUCGACUGUUCCUUUGAUUUCUGUGACACUUACAAAUAUGAACAGGAGCCCUACCUGUUGGAUCCAGUGAUGUAUCCCAAGAUCCAGAUGCUGGUUAAUGUGUUCUAUCUCUUGCCCUUCUUUGGCCUGGCCCUGUAUGGCCUGAUUGUGCCUGGCUGUAUGUGGAUGCUUGAUCUGACUGUGAUAUUUGCUGGAGCCAUAGCCCAGGCUCAGUUUUCCCACAUUGGGGCAUCUUUACACCCACGCACUUCCUUCACGUACCGGGUCCCAGACAACGCUGUAUCCUCGUUCCUCUAUGCUAACGUCUUCUUUGCUGUUGGUGCUCAGCUCCUGGCUUUUCGCUGUGCUGUUUUCUCCGGCUUCUUUCUCAAAGGUGUGCCCAAAAAUAAUGAGGAAAUGGAGAAGAAAGUAAACUAAGAGCCUGGCCUAACUGUAACACAGGCGGAGGGCUAGUAUUAAAAUGAUUUAAAUGGAACAUCACACCUGGCUCAGUGGGUAGCUCCCUCUUUCCAUCCCCCAGAGUCAGAGCUUAUAGGUUCCUUUUGUUUUACUUGUUUACUGGCACUAGCAUUUAUUGUCCAUCCCUAAUUGCCAGGAAUUGAGGAGGCAGUUAGGAGUCAUUGUAUUGGUGGGUCACAUAUAGGACAGACCGGGUAAAGGCAAAGUCCCACUCACAAUUUGGGCCUAUAAUUCAGGCUGACACCCCCACUGCACUGUUGUAGGUACUGUUUUUUGCUUGAGGCACUUAAGACAAGGCCUUGGCAGCUCCCUCAGGUGGACCAGCAAGAUCCUGCAAUUGCUUUGAAGAACAGGGUAAAUCUCCCAAGUUUCCUGGAAAAUAUUUCUGUCAAUAUCAAAGCAAAUUAUCAUUGAUCACCAUCACAUUGCUGUUUGUGGGAACUUGCUAUGCACAAAUAAUUCACCAAAAUUACAAUUACAAAUACAUAAAAUAUUCCAGUUGCUGUAAAGGGUUUUGUGGUGUUGGUGAAUUGCUAUAGGAAUUGAAUAAGUAGUUCAAGGAAAAGAAAUUGCAGGGUAACAGAAGCCAGACUAACUGGAUUAUUCCUACAAACUGUCAGCAUGGGGUUAAUGGGGCUAAGUUGCCUCCUUAGUGCUAUAACAAUUCUUUGAUUCAAAGUUUGCUCUAGAAAUCAACUUGUCUUUAUUGUAUAUACUGUGUGUUUGAAAAAUGUUUUUUUAAUAAGAUCUUCUUAAUUUUUUA